AUGGUGAGGCAAUUGUCGAGAAUGAGAGCUUCUUACAAACGAAUCAGAGAGCAAGCAAGGCUUAAUAUUCGUAAAGGGUAUGUCCCGGUUAUGGUUGGGAGGGAUGAUGAGAAGGAUGGUGCUAAGUUCUUGAUCCACCUCGAUGUGUUCAGAAAUGAGUACUUCGUUGGGUUUCUUGAGAUGGUUGCUCUGGAGGUUGGCUAUCAGAGCUCCGGCGUCCUUAGAAUCCCAUGCCGGACGGAAUGUUUCAUGGAUAUACUGAACCAGAUCUCAAGGAUGAACACCUAG